UUCAUUGCAAAUUCAAAUUCAAAAUCCUGCAGAUUUACAUAUUUCCGAAAAUAAGUUCCUCCUUCGCUGAAGAUUUGGCCCCCGUCUCGACUCGAAAUUAGUCGAAGUCAUCAUGUGUCAACUCUGCAGUUCUAACAACUCACCAUGCAUUGCUGGAAUCUCGCUGAAAACUGGGGCCAAAUUGAUGGCCUUGAUUCUCAUCAUGAAAGAUUUCUUUGGCCUGGCGCUCCAAGCUGGGACGAUCUUGAAAGACUGGGACAAGGCGUGGGACCAGUAUACAAACCUCGAUGAUGACGACAAUGAUAAAGGGAUCACUUUGUGGUUCCUGUACUACGGAGGUGGCUUUCUCGUUACUGUGUUGGACGUCGGGAUGGCAGUCACGCUUUAUAGAGGAGCGUCCAAGGGCCUCGUCUCAAGUUGUCGCCAUUGGUGCUGGUACGGAGCAGUUGUUCUGAUUUGCUGCACCGCUAUUCUUAUCGAUUCAUUGCUGACGGACAUGAACGCCACAGUUUUAUGGAUGGGGACGGUGUGCUUCGUCCUCUACGGAUACACACUUCUGAUCUCGGGUGGAUUGAAAGAUGACUUGAAGGCGGAGAAGGAGGACGCCGCGAGGAUCCAGUUUGAACAAAGGAUGGAGGGAUACCUGGACGGAAAUGUGGUCAUGUCGUCGGAGGCGGGUCGGGGUUUGCUCGGUGGAUAUGUGAACCCUGUUUAAUGGACGAAAAUACCAUAAUUUUGACCUAUUUUGUCUUAAAUUGUGUACUAAAUUCUAUGUAAUCUUAUCCGGUAAAGGAGACUCAUUUACGAAAACUUGGAGUGUAAAAAAGAUCCCAAUAUAUUUUCAUACGUAUUUUCAUGCCAUAAUGUAUGUAUUUUCAUAAAAAUCGUGAAAUAAAAUUUUUCUAGGGAUGAA